GUGACAAGAAGAGUCGUCAGCAUCUUGAAUUUUUCUGGAAAUCCGGAAUCAACACUAUAAAGGAGUCUCAGCCUAUUUCCUAUUCCUAUUUUGCUUCAUUGGUGUUCAUUUUGCAUUUUAACGUAAUUAAUGUCUAAAUCACUUAUUCAGGUAUUUUGAUCAGAGAAAUGCGAUUUUAAUUAUUGUUAUUAAUAAUAUUAAAACAAUUUCUAGUUAUAAUGUCAAGCAGUAAUGGGGGUUCAACUUCUAAUAACGUCGAGGAAGAUAUGUGCGAUAUGGAGCCAUUGGAACCAUCACUGAAAAAUGUAAUUGAACAGACUUCAUUGAAAUGGGUCUUUGUAGGAGGAAAAGGUGGCGUUGGAAAAACAACAUGCAGUUGCAGUUUGGCCGUGCAGUUGUCGAAAGUGAGAGAUAGUGUUUUAAUUAUAUCUACUGAUCCUGCUCAUAAUAUAUCAGAUGCAUUCGAUCAGAAAUUCUCCAAGGUACCUACGAAAGUCAAUGGCUUCACAAAUCUCUUUGCCAUGGAAAUCGAUCCUAAUGUUGGCUUCAACGAACUGCCUGAUGAAUAUUUCGAGGGGGAAAGUGAAGCGAUGAGAUUGAGUAAAGGAGUGAUGCAAGAAAUCGUCGGUGCCUUCCCUGGCAUUGACGAGUCGAUGAGUUAUGCUGAAGUUAUGAAAUUGGUGAAGGGCAUGAACUUCUCUGUGGUGGUGUUUGACACAGCGCCUACCGGCCACACUCUCCGUCUUCUGUCCUUUCCUCAGGUUGUUGAACGAGGACUUGGAAAACUUCUCAGGUUCAAAAUGAAAAUUAGUCCGUUCAUAACACAGAUUGGCGCAAUGCUUGGGAUGAGGGAUUUUAAUGCUGAUUCACUCUCUCAAAAAAUGGAAGAAAUGCUUACUGUCAUCAGACAAGUGAAUGAGCAGUUCCGAAACCCGGAGCAAACGACAUUUGUGUGCGUGUGUAUAGCUGAGUUCCUGUCUUUAUACGAAACUGAGCGACUGGUGCAGGAGCUGACCAAGUGCGGCAUCGACACGCACAACAUCAUCGUCAACCAGCUGCUCUUCCCCCCCGAUGGCCAGGCCCCCUGUCGCAUGUGCUCUGCAAGGUGCAAGGUGCAGGCCAAGUACUUGGAUCAGAUAAACGAUCUCUAUGAAGAUUUCCAUGUAACAAAAUUGCCGUUACUAGAUCAUGAAGUCAGAGGGCCGUUUCAAGUGAAAGAGUUUUCAGAGAAUCUUGUGAAGCCUUAUUUUCCGAAAUAACUCAAAUCGAUAAAAUACUAUCUAGUUAUAAUAAACAAUUCAUCACUGGGCCGUCAAAUAUUAAAUCAAUUGUGGGGCUUGAAUCAUCAAAUGAUUUCAAUCCUGAUGCAAAUAAUAUUAUGGAAUAAUAAUACAUUCUUUUCUAAUUUAUCAUAUUUACAUUAUACUUACUUCAGAUACCAAAAACGUGUAUUUAUUUCAUGUAGUCGAUUAUAAGAGCAAUUUUCAACAAGAUUGUUGAUGAUACCUGCAAAAAUGUCAGACAAUUGAGUGAAGGUUUAUUGAAAGUUGGAACUUCUUUCCACCCAGUGUUAAAAUCUUUCAAAUCAAGAAUAUAAUUACUAUUUAUGUAAAUGUUGAACUAUUUUGAAAAGAGUAGAUGAAGAAUAUUUUUUAAUUAUUUCAACAAUAUUACUGUAAGUCCUUGAACUUCUUAAUGAAUUGAAUUCGAUUAAAAUCAUUAUUAUAUACUUGAAAGUAGUUUCAUUAUUUUAUAUUAAUCAUCAUUUCCGUUCAGAACUAAUAUAUUGCAAGUGGAUAAUGUUUAUUUCAAUGGAAUUUAAUUGAAAAGUUUGAGGACUUGGAUUAUUAAUAUUGUUGAAAGAAUGAAAUAAUACGAUUACCGUAAACAUGUGAAUUCAACUACCGCUUUCCUCAUAUCAUGAUUUCAACGAGUUUGUUCCAUUUAAAUGAAAGUUUGAGACAUCUCUUUAUCAAGGAAAAAUACUUGUAUACUUACAUUAUCAGUAUGUGAAUAUAGCUCAAAUUUUGAAAGAACACAAAAAUGUAAUUGUAACUUUCUACAAAGGAUACUUACAAAAUAUUUCCUUUGCACUUCAUCAAUCUUACUUCAUUCUUUGAUUUAUCAAACACCUCACUCUUAAUCAAACUUUAUUCCAAAAUCGUUUGAAAUGAAUAGGCAUUCUGGUUCAACAUAGUUUAUUGGUCCGAUAUCAAGAGAAUAUUUAUUACAUAACAAAUUUAUUCACACCCACAUUCAAGUUUCAUUGAACACUCAACAAUUAGAUUUAAAAUAUACAUUACAUCCAACAAUGAAUAGUUACCAAAUAUAUUUCAUUAGGCUUCAAUAUAAUUAUCAAGAAGAUAUUGAAGAGAUGUCUACUGUAUUCCGUAACCUUGCAAAACAUCAUUCAUAAAAUUAACCAGCUAAUAUACGCCAGCAGUAUUAUAAUAUUAUUUUAGCUCAUAACUGAAAUAUACAUUUAUUUUCCACCUUUAAUUGAUACAAAUGAUAUCUGUUUAGCCUGUCACUGGGAAUAUUACGGAUGAGCAACAUCUCUUUUUAGGAUAGAGUUGAAUCAUAAUAUAUUUUUAAAAUAGCAUUUCCCAUUAUUAAGAAAGUUAUAAAUAUUUAUGAAGUACUUGAAAAACUAAUUUUCAGAUUUGUGGUAAGACAUAGAAACCUCUUCCAGGCAUGAAAUUCAAUACUGUUAAUGUUUUUAUCAAGUGGAAGAUUGUGUGAAAAUAGAUUGCUUUUGAAUUGGAAUUGAUUGUCUUUUGUCAUGAAAGUAGAAUAACAUCAAUAGUAGAGGUUACAUAAGAGAAUAUAUUUAUGUACAAAAAUAGCUGAGUUGCUACACAUCAAAUUCGUUACAAGCUAUUGUAUCUUUACAUCAUUAGGCUAUAGCAAUAGAAUAUCUGAUUGAUUCAAAGAAAGUGCAUCAUGAGAAGAAUGCCAAAAAUCGUGAAAAUGUUUUCGGAAGUAGUUUCAAGUCAGUUUUUCAUAUUGAACACAGCGAACAAUGAACUUCUAGCAUUGUCAAUUUCUCAAAUUCAAUAUUCCAAUCAUCAGCUACAAUAGAAAUGCUUAUUUUAUAAUAAUCAAUCAAUAUUGUACAUCACUAAUCUAAUUUCAGUCAGAAGAGUACUGUAUUGACUUUCAAAGUGAGACUGUACAAGCCAAGUAAUUUUCUGCUAUUUUGAAAAUUAAAUUCAAAAUCUUUAUUUUAAGAUUAUCACAAAUUAAGGAAGGCUUUCUAACUGUACCUAUGUAGUAGGUUAACUAACAGCAAUAUUGACUAUCUUGAUGACCAUUGAGAUUAUCAAACAGUACUCGAAUGUACCCAUAGACCAUGGUCGUCGAACACAUUAUUCUGAGUAAAGCUACUUGAAAAGAAAUAUA